GAGCUUCCAUAAAUACACAAAACUUUAUAUAUUUAUUAUAUAAUAUCGUCGUCGUCUCUCUCUAAGCUCUCCACGUUUUUUACGGACGGCGGAAAAUCAUCAUCGCUCGGAGAAGGAAAAAAAAAAAAGGGAGAGGAUGGAUGGAUGUACCAGUAAGCGAUCAGUUGACCGGAUGGUUCUGCCUCGAAAACCAACCCGUCCUGUACUGCGUGAGAAUACGAAGAAGAAAGAUGAAAAGAGCGUUGUCCCUUUCUGCAGCCGAAUUGCCUGUAGUGCAAAGGUAACUUCCACCAAGGGAACCAGGAUUGGCUCUACGGAUAGCAAUACAAAAGUUGGCCGGCCUGGGAAGGAGAUUGUUGGGAGCUCAUCUCGAACUCCGGGUGGAUUUGGAUACUUAAGAAAGCCAGCCAUAGGUACUGGCAGGAGACAGCCUUCUUCUAAUCUGGACACAGGUUCUUCAGAGACGAGCAGUAUUCAUGAUGAUCAUCCAGCUGCAGUUAAGCCUACCCUUCCUCGUCUAAAAACUAAGAGAGGCGCAAUCAAUGUUCAGUCUCAAAGCACCGUCUCUGGAGAAGUCGUAGGAAGCUCAAGUAGAGGAACCAUUAGAAGUAGUCAUCAUAAAUCUGUCUUGCGUACUCGAGAGACUCUGAUGGGGCCCUCUGUUUCUUCAUCUUCUGGUAGCGACCACACUCUAAGAGGUGGUCUGAGCAGCAAGAAUGGAUUGAGAAACUUGAGGUGCAACAACUCUGUAUCUGAUGUUCUUCCAGCUAAAUCAAGCUCUGGAACAAAAGUCAGCGUGACUAAAAAGAAAAGCUCAGAUGGAGAGAGCAGCUCCUCUAGCCAAGGCAGUAAGAGUAGCGUGUCGGUGAUCAAGGGAAGGAAUCAAAGUUCUACACAUGGAAACGGGAUCACAGUUUCUGAUAACAGAAGGAAUCGUAUGGUACCACCAACUAUCAGGGAUAAUAGUGUUGUUUCAAGUGGUGGUAGGAGAUCUGGUAAUAAUUCUGGUAGAUCAGGGAGACUUAGAGCUUUUGCAUCCCCUGCUGCUUCUCGACAAACGCCUCAACCUGCAGCACCAACCAAUCCUAAUCCUUCUCGUUCAUUUGGUCCAUCGAAUAGUUACAGUAGGCCGAACAGCAGUACCGGCUGGCUGCGUAGCACGAUGCCUGGUAGCCCCUCAGAAGCUGACCCAUCAAGCUCUUUGGUGAACCGUGAUGGUUUAACUCUCUACAACAUUGAUGGAAUUGCAGAGGUAUUGUUGGCCCUGGAAAGAAUUGAAAAUGAUCAAGUGCUUACAUAUGAGCAAAUGUCUUCUUUAGAGACGAAUCUAUUCUCAAGUGGUAUGAUCAGAUUCUACGAUCAGCAUAGCGAUAUGAGGCUUGACAUUGAUAACAUGUCAUAUGAGGAACUACUAGCUUUGGGGGAUGAAAUGGGAACAGUGAGCACAGCUCUAAGCGAAGAAGCACUCUCAAGAAGCCUCAAGAGAAGCAUUUAUCAAGUGGCAGAUGAAACCGGUGCCAUUUCUAUGGAAAAGGAUGAUGAUAUCAAGUGCAGUAUUUGCCAGGAAGAGUAUGAUGAUGGAGAUGAAGUUGGGACUAUGCCAUGUGAACAUAUGUACCAUGUGAGCUGUGUAGAACAAUGGCUACGGAUGAAGAACUGGUGCCCUAUCUGCAAAACCUCUGCUGAAGAGAAAAAGUCGUAGUGACGAUGCCACACCAAACUUUAGCUUUUGGGAUAUGAUUCCAAGAUGAUGCAGAUACAUUGUUUCUUCUUCUUCUUCCUCUUUUGCACCAAGUGCUUGUCUCUACAUCAUCUUGCUCUCUCUAUCUCUCUUCUCUUCCUGUACAUAAAACAUUUCUUUUUUUUUUCUUUUGUCCUGAUUGUGUACAAAUGGGAAAAUACGAUCAGGCAAACAAUCUCCUUCUCUACUUGUAUCAAAGCUCAACUUUUGAUUGAACCUGAAACAUUUUGUAGUUUAUACGAACUCCACUCUUUUUUUCUCU